AUGGUAAAAACAAAAACCAUCCAUAUCACUCUAGCCAUAUUUCAAUGAUUUAGAGCCUAUAUGACAUAUCCACUUGUUGAGAUUGUUGUUGCUUUAUGCUUUAUGUAUAGAAAUAUAUAAUUAUCUUUUCUUUACAUCUAAUGUUCAAUUAUGCGUAUCCACCAAAAAAAUGUUCAAUUAUGCUUUAUAGUUGGGCAAAAUGGACGCUACAAAAAAGCAAUUGACCAAACCAAGUACCGCAACUAAGAAGGUAACGAACUAUGAGAAACAAAGAAUGAAGAAUAUUAAUAAAAACCGUGAGAGAAUGAAGACUCUAGGAGUGAAGAAUAUAACAACUUGUUUGAAGGCUACGGUUCAACAUAAGAAAUUGAGGAAGGAAAAACAAAUACCAAUUGAGGAAAAUGAUGAUGAUUAUCGACCGUCAGAGGCUGAAGAUGGCAGUGACACUGAAACCUAUGAUUCGUUUGAGCAUGAGCUGUUAGAGAUACCAUCGAGAGCCCGUUCACAAUCUCAUCAUGAGGCAUUGACCCACGCAUUAGAAGAGGGGGAUACCUCUUCACGUCCUGAGGUGACUAGCAAUCCACCACCACCUCUCAAUGUGGAGCCUCAACUUGAGGUGACUGCUGGUAAUACUAUUGCUGCUAAGCGUGCUCGUGGCCCGACUCGAGGCAAAGAGGUUCAAGGCCUUGUUGAUAAAGAUGGAAAGCUUAGCGUGCCUAUCCCUCCAGAAUUUCGUGCACCGGUAGGGGACUAUGCCUCAAAACUAGCCUCAAAGAUUGGUGUAGAAGUGCGAACUCGUUUACCAAAUCCAAGUGUUCAUAGGUGGAAGUAUGUUGAUGCCUCCGUUAAGGAGGCGAUGUUUCAACGCUUGAAUGAUCAAUUUGAUUUACAAGGAGACCCUGUUGAUAUAGAGAAGGCAAUGAACACAAAAUUUGGUCGGAGAUUGAGUAACCAUACCUAUAGGCUGCACAAACAAUUCAUGGAGCUGAAGGAGGCUAAAGGGGAGGAGUACGCAAGAAACCACCCACCGAAGAAUGUCGAUCCUACCAAGUGGAUAGAUCUUAUUGAUAAAAA